CUUGAGAGGAAAACAAUGCGUGAAUUCAUUUCUGAGCAGAGAACCUGCCUCCAAGAUCAGCCCAAUGAGAGCUGUCAGGGGAGGCUCCUAGUUCACUUUUCCACAUCAUUUCACAGUUACAUCCAGCAGUCAAACACGGUGCAGCGCUCCCGCGUUUAAUUCAUGGACAUACUUGGUCUGUUCCUUUUGGUAACUGGAAUUGUAUUCUGCAUUUCGAGAGGAUAUUAAUUAUAUUCAUUAUGGAAAUCAAAGAAACCCGAACUCGUAUCAGCACUUUUUGAAAAAGAAAACAUGGGUUAUUCUUACAUGCUGUAAGGAAGUUCUGUAUAUUGCAAGAAUACAAAUAAUAUGAAAACAACUUAUGCAACACUAUGAAUUACAAGACAGCAGGCUGGAAAGUGGAACAAUAAUAAAACUGCAAUAUUUUUAUGAAAUACUUUCUUCUUCUGGAAUAAUGCCUGCAAAUCAUAAAGAAAUGCUUGUGGAUAUAUGGACUUUUUUAAUGCUUUUAAGGAUUACUGUUCUUCCAUAUGUUUAUAUGGCACCAACAACCAUACCACAGUCUUUGCAAAUGGAAUUAAGUAAAGAACAAAAUGCAUCCAAUGAAGAUCAGCGUAUUUUAAAUAGAUCCAAGAGGGGCUGGGUUUGGAAUCAAAUGUUUGUUCUAGAAGAGUUUUCAGGACCUGAACCAAUUCUAGUUGGCAGGUUACACAUUGACAGAAAUGUGACAAACACGAGGUACAUUCUCUCAGGAGAGGGAGCUGGAACAACAUUCGUGAUUAAUGACAGGACAGGAGAUAUCCACGCUAUGAAAAGACUUGACCGAGAGGAAAAGGCAGAAUAUACACUAACUGCACAAGCUAUUGAUGCAAUAACAAACAGAGCUCUUGAACCUCCUUCAGAAUUCAUUAUUAAAGUUCAAGACAUCAAUGACAACGCCCCAGAGUUUCCUGGUGGACCAUUUCAGGCCAGUGUUCCAGAAAUGUCUGAAGUGGGUACAUCAGUAACUGUAAUUACAGCUACUGAUGCAGAUGAUCCUGUCUACGGAAACAGUGCAAAGUUGGUCUACAGCAUUUUAGAAGGACAGCCUUAUUUUUCCAUAGAGCCGCACACUGCUAUAAUCAGGACUGCCUUGGCCAACAUGGACAGAGAAGCUAGGGAAGAAUAUCUUGUUGUCAUUCAAGCAAAGGACAUGGGUGGUCACAUGGGAGGAUUGUCUGGAACUACUACUGUUACCAUAACGCUUACUGAUGUUAAUGACAACCCACCAAAAUUCGCACAAAGUUUAUAUCACUUCUCAACUUCAGAGGACAGCCCCAUUGGUGAACAAAUUGGAAGGGUAAAGGUUUAUGACCGGGAUAUUGAAGAUAAUGCCAAAUCUUCCUAUGGUAUCAUUGAAGGAGAUGGAAUGGAUGUAUUUCAAAUUACAUCAGACCCAGAAACACAAGAUGGAAUAAUUACAAUAAAAAAGCCCCUGAACUUUGAGACCAAAAAAUCCUAUACAUUGAAAGUAGAAGCAGAAAAUGUGCAUAUUGAUCCACAGUUCAGCAACAGGGGACCAUUCAAGGAUACAGCGACAGUAAAAAUCACAGUGGAAGAUGCAGAUGAACCACCAGUCUUUUCAGCUUCUGCGUACGCCAUGGAAGUACACGAAAAUGCUGCCAUUAACUCUGUGAUUGGUCAGGUGACUGCUCAGGACCCGGACUCAGCCUCCAGCCCUUUAAGGUUUACCAUCGACCGGCAUACAGACCUUGAGAGACAGUUCAACAUUAAUACGGAUGAUGGAAAAAUUACCUUGGCAACAGCACUGGAUAGAGAAACAAACAUAUGGCACAAUAUAACUGUAAUAGCCACAGAAAUCAGAAAUCACAGUCAAGUUUCUCGAGUACCUGUGGCCAUCAGAGUUCUCGAUGUGAAUGACAAUGCUCCAGAAUUUGCAUCAGAAUAUGAUGCAUAUUUGUGUGAACAUGGAAAACCUGGGCAGGUGAUUCAGACCGUUAGUGCCAUUGACAAAGAUGACCCUAAGAAUGGACAUUACUUCUUCUACAGUCUUCUUCCACAAAUGGCGAAUAACCCAAAUUUUACUCUGAAAAAGAAUGAAGAUAAUUCCAUAAGUGUCUUGGCCAAACACAGUGGAUUCAGCCGUCAGAAGCAAGAAGUGUACUAUUUGCCUAUUGUGAUCAGUGACAAUGGAAAUCCACCCAUGAGCAGUACCAGUACUCUCACUAUUCGUGUGUGUGGCUGCAGCAGUGAAGGUGUUGUUCAGUCCUGCAAUGUUGAAGCAUAUGUCCUCCCUAUUGGCCUUAGCAUGGGAGCCUUAAUAGCUAUUUUAGCUUGUGUUAUUUUACUUUUAGUGAUUGUUGUACUUUUUGUUACCCUAAGACGACAUAAAAAUGAGCCACUUAUUAUAAAAGAUGAUGAAGAUGUUCGAGAAAAUAUAAUUCGCUAUGAUGAUGAAGGUGGAGGAGAAGAAGACACUGAGGCUUUUGAUAUCGCUACUUUACAAAAUCCAGAUGGUGUAAAUGGUUUUCUGCCUCGGAAAGAUAUAAAGCCAGAUCUUCAGUUUAUGCCAAGACAGGGACUUACAACUGCCCCAAAUGGUGUUGAUGUUGAUGAAUUCAUCAAUGUACGACUACAUGAAGCAGACAAUGACCCCACUGCUCCUCCUUAUGACUCUAUACAGAUCUAUGGCUAUGAAGGAAGAGGCUCAGUGGCUGGUUCACUUAGCUCAAUAGAAUCCUCAACAUCAGACUCUGACCAGAAUUUUGACUAUCUCAGUGAAUGGGGUCCAAGAUUCAAAAGACUUGGAGAGCUAUAUUCAGUUGGGGAAAGUGACAAAGAAACUUGACACUGGCUUAAAUAAAUAUUUUUACUAUGACUGAAGGUUAUGUAAUAUUUUAGGGUUGCUAUCAUUAGAUGAGGCUAAUGUGGCCACUCUUUUUAGAAAACAAAUAUAGGAACAUUCAUCAGUACAACCUACUACAUUGUAAUGUUGAACCAAAAACUAUAUGUUAGGAGGUUUUCAAGUCCUGUGGAGUAUGAAGUAGAUCUGUCGAAUUUUUAGAAAUAUGUGGAUAUUUGGUACUCACUAGGACCAUUCUGAAGAUGGCAUUUUGGAUGAUUGGUAGUCUAGAUGGAGAAAUACAGACGUGAAUGUUUACUCUUGCAAUGGACAAGCAGGAUAUUGUUGCUAACCAGUGCUUCCUGCCAGGUAUGUGUAGUCCUCAACUUUAUACCAGUUUGAUAGCAACAAUCCUGCCACAUGAAAUAAAAGCAAUAUUUGGUCUUCAUCACAAUGCUGGAUAGAAAUGACUCUGAUAUCUGCUGGCUUAUUCUGUGCAGUGACUAUCAGCUGUAAGUGAACCAAUUUGGUGAUUAUACAACUAAAGUAUUAUCUUGGCAUUACAAGUUUUGCCAAGCCUUAAAAUAUUCACAUGCUCUAGUAUGUUCCAGUAUUGAGACGAUAUUACAGUUUUAUACAUGUUUAUAAAUCAAUAGUUUCAAUUAGAAUUCUACGUCUGAAUGUUAAAUUUGUCUCUUUUUUGUUGGUUCUUAAUUUUAUAGGCACAUGUUAUCAUCCUGAAACAGACUGUCAAAUGUACUCUGUGGCUAAAUGUUUUACUUGUUAGAAUUAUUCUCCCCUAAGCCUGAGUUCAUAGCCUGCAUUGCUAAGUUUCUAAUUGUACUUAAUAUGGGCUUGGAACUAAAUUUCAUUACAUUAACUUAUUUUGAAUAGCUUUCUUCCUGGAAUAGAUAUCCAUUUCUGAAAGACGUAAAGUUAGUAUGAUUAAAAAAAUAUCACUGGAAACCUGUUUUUACUGCAGUUGGAAAAACAUAUUAAAUAAUGUGUACACUUAAAACUAUGUCUUAAAGGUUAACUAUUUUGGCACAGACGAUGUCAUUCAUGCCUACUGAAUUUCACUUCGCAAUAAUUGAUGGUGUUAUUACACAAAGUGUGAUAAAGCAUUAGAGUUGGAAAAACUGGUUCAUGUGAAUAUUUAAUUUCAACAACUUCAGACAGCCACGCCUUACACUGUAUAACUAGAGAACUAGGGCCACUCUCAUAGUUCUCUGUUGCAUAUUAGGUCAGAAUCCAGUAUACAUAUGUAUAUAUAGUUUUGUUGCUUAGUUUACUAGCCCUUUAUUUAGUUAAUGUGUUAUGCACAGUAGCUGCUGCACACAAUUAGCACUGGAAGCUGCGUGCAUAGACAAUUUCUAAUAAAAUUUGGUAUUAUGAGGUAGAUAUUGUAUAAUAAAUAUAGUACUCCACGCAAAACCAUAUUAAUUUUCUACUUUGCUUUGAUGCUAUAUACUUGUAUGUUUAUUUAAUCCAUGUACUGUAUCAAGAAAAAUUCCUGUAUUGUUUACUACUUUGUGAAAUAUAUUUUUAUAAAUAUUUUGUUGGGGUUGUUGUUAUUUAUGUUUUGUGUGGGAAGUUCCAAACUGAGAAAAUAAUGUGUACCAUGCAAUGAUGUGUCAUCUAGAAUCUUCAAUACCUGAGCUUUGAAUUCAGUGCAAUAUUUAGCUUCAGAUUUUUUACAAACUUACUGAUAUACUUCUCAUUUCUUUUUAUUCAUAUUUUAACUAAAUAGAUGCAACAUCUUUGCAUUUUUAAGAAAUUUGCUUUUAGGUGCUUAAUUACGCAAUGCAGUAAUAAUAUAAUUUAUUUAUUUAUAGCAAACAUGUUUUAAAGCCUAUAUUAAACUAUUUUGAUAGUAACAAGCCUUAAGUUGUGGGAUCAGUAAGCAUAAACUGAUAAACUGGAUUAAAUAUUGAACACAUUUAUUAAAACUCAAGAAGAUUCUGGUUCUAGGAAAUAAAAACUAUUAAAUAUUAAA